AUGGUCGUUUCCAAGGAGUUGGAGGAUGGUUUUGAUUUGGAUAAAAUCGAUGCGGAAAUCAAAAUCGAGAAAAUCCGGCAGACAGCGUCGAAAUUAUCAUGGGAAGGCUUCCAUCAAGCACUUCGCCGAAAUCUGAUGGAGUUGGAGGAUGGUUUUGAUUUGGAUAAAAUCGAUGCGGAAAUCAAAAUCGAGAAAAUCCGGCAGACAGCAUCGAAAUUAUCGUGGGAAGGCUUUCAUCAGGCUCUUCGCCGAAAUCUGAUGGAAAAACGUUUUGUCUUCGACACAGAGGGACGGAUCGAUCUUCUGCAAGCCAUCUCUACUAUCAAGCGUAAUCUUCCCGUUGACAAAAACGCAGAACUACCCGUGAAAUUGAAACAAUUGUCGGAUAGCUUGGAAUGUGUGUUGACUACACAGGGUGCAACUACGCUACUAAAAAACGUGGAUAUAUCAAUUGAAUUCGCGCAUGAAGGCGAUAAUGUUACCGCAUGCAGAAUUGGUUAUUUUGGUAAACCAGCAGUAGCUUGCGAUGAAGCGGUUGAAUUGAUACAAGCUGGAGAAUUCGGUAAACUUCGUAGCAAAAUAUUUGCUGUACUGGCAACAAUUCCCAGUGGG